CCUUUUUUAAUAAAAAAUCCUACUUCAAGCCCUUAAUUGUGGGCAAACUUUCCUCUUUUCCUACCAAGUUGGUUUGGAAUCCAAGGGCACCUUCUAAGGUUUGUUCUGUUUUGUUUUGUGGUUGUUGUGUCAGGGUGUGUUUGGGAGGGAGGAGGGGGGCAGGGGGUAAAUGAGCUCACAAGGAGAGGAUGGGCCUUGGUCAAUUAGUGCUGCUCCUAUAAAUAAGAUUUUGAAACUGCAGACUACAUUCUCAUCCACUGCAAGUGAACUCCAAGUUAUGGUUGGUGUUUGCCAUGGAUCUCUCACCAAUCCAUCAAAGGUGUCCUGCUUAGUUGGCAAGGCUCUGCUGCAGGUGUCAGGCACAAGAUGGUGUGGAGGCUAUCUCCUUUGUGUCCUUUUUAGAUAAUCUGGAAAAAGAACAACAAUAGAACCUUUGAAAUGGUGGAACAGUCCAUUUUGGUGAUGAAAAAUGUGUUUCUGAGAACCUUUUUUGUGUGGUCUAAUGGGAAGUUUCUUUCUUUGAUUUUGUAAAGAGCUGGGUGUUGGUUAGUUUGGUAAAGGUUCUUUAUUUUUUGUUUCUUUCCUUUUGUAAUCAUGCUGCUUGUAUACUUUGUGUGCAUGACGGUUGCAACCAUUUUACAUAGGCACCCUACUAAUAUAUUUAUCCUUAUCUUGCAUAUUAAAAGAAAAGGUAAAUGGUUCACUCAGUGAUGCUAGGGAAGAAAUGUAACAACUUGAUAGUAGCUGCUAUUUGAUAGUAUACCUCACUACAGAAUGAAUUGCCCAAUCAACAUUUUAGGAGAGUUGAGCAUUAUUUAUUUAUUUACUUAUGACAUUAUUCAAUAAAUAACUGAGAUAAUUUGGGGUUACUUUUAGGAUCCUUUCUUUUUUAUUAACUUUUUAGUUUUUUAAGGGUUGAUCAUAAUGUGAUCAAGGAUAAACUAGUAAGUUCUUGGUGGAAGAUCAUCAAGAUGAGCAAUGAACAGGUGAUCACCAGCACAAUCUGAUCUUAUUCAAUUGGAGUUAUAACUUGUGGGCCAUUACAUGCUGCAGCUGGUAAGAGAAACAGUACCCUCCAAACAAUUCCAGAGAACCAUGAUACAAGGCUGACUGCAUUGAUUACUGCUUAUACAUUAUUUAUGUCUGAUUUGGGUGCUCCAGUGGAAUUCCGUGGUUAAUUUGGUCACUAAUGUGGCCUUUGUAUCUUCUCUUUAACAAGUUUCUGAAAACCGAAGAAGAAAAUGCUCAUGAAGCAGAUGAAUACCCAAAAGGCUUGGUUGAAUCCUACUCACUUGAGCAAUUACCAAGUAAUGGAAAAUGCCCUAAUGUAAACUUGCCCCAUUCACACUUUGUUGAAGUUCCACAUAUGAAUCAACUAAGCACUUGGGAUUGUGGUCUUGCUUGUGUUUUGAUGGUUUUGAGAACUUUUGGCAUCAAUAACUGCAAUAUUCAAGCAUUGGAAGAGCUCUGCUGCACAACUAGCAUUUGGACUGUUGAUCUGGCAUAUUUACUGCAGAAGUUCUCUGUUAGUUUUUCGUACUUCACUGUAACUUUAGGAGCAAACCCAAAUUUUUCUGUGGAGACAUUUUACAAGGAUCAAUUGGCUACCGAUCUAGUGCGUGUGGAUUCUCUUUUUAAGAAGGCAAUGGAAGCUGGAAUUGAUAUACAGUGCAGAUCAAUCAGUGGAGAUGAAAUUUCACUCUUGAUCUUGUCAGGGAAAUAUAUUGCAAUUGCUUUAAUUGAUCAGUAUAAAUUAAGUCAGUCUUGGUUGGAGAAUGUUCAUGUCUCAGGCUUCUGUGGUGGCUACUCAGAAUACACUGGUCACUAUGUUGUAAUAUGUGGCUAUGAUGUUGAUACAGAUGAGUUUGAGAUUAGAGAUCCUGCCAGCUCCCGGAAACAUGAGAGGAUUUCAUCAAAUUGCCUAGAAGAAGCUCGCAAAUCAUUUGGUACUGAUGAGGAUCUUCUCUUGAUCUCAAUGGAGAAGACUAAGAGAGAGGAUUCGGAGAAAAUGGAAGAUAAAAGCAACCUGUAGCCUGUAGGUAUAACUUUCCUAUUGAUCCUUGACAUCAGUCACCGGAUCUAAUUAUGUGGAUAGCUUUUGUUGCAUAUAUGCUAGGGUUUUGGGUGUUUGUACAACAUGUGAUUAUAAGGCAAACCACUGAUUCGCAUUUAUUCAAUACAAACAACAACGGGGCAGUGUUAAAUAAUAUGUAUUAUUUCCUUUUCA